AUACAAGGCUAAACAGUUCAGAAUUAAAUUCCCAACAUAUUGUUGGGAUGUGUAUUCGAAUCCUACGCAAGUUAGAUUUCUGAAUAUAUAUUGACUUUAUGGAUCCUACAAGUUUGUGGGCCAGAAAACUUGAUUGGUAGGAGUAUGAGUGUCAUGCUUCUCAAAAUUUAAGUCUUUUUUGCUUGAUAAAUGUAAAAUAGAGAAUGUAUAUAUGAACAUGACCCCUCAUGCUCCUUAUGUGGCACGUUGUUGGAACAUUAUUGGUUCAGUCUUUCCAAAUUUUCUUGGCCACAAUCUUCUUGACCUCUUUUGUCCACAUAGACAAAAAGGGAAAGAGAAACAAAUCUCUCACUAGUAAGACACCCGCAUAAAAAAUGGCUGCUAUUCUUUCACAUACUUCUCCAGCUCCUCAUUUGAGCACAGAUUACAGGUAUGUGACUUCCCUUAAGCUGCAUCAUCUUUCUCGUUGCCCGAAAAUUUACAGGCUCAAGUGCUGUGGUCUUAACAAGGAGAGUCCUGCAACAAAAAACGAUAAUUUUUCAGUGUCAACACAACAAAAAGAUGGGAAAGAACCUGAAAAUGUGGUGCUUAAGGUAGCGUGGUAUGCUUCUGAAUUGCUUGGUAUUGCUGCUUCUGCUCUUCGAUCACCGCCCUCAGACGUGAUCGAUGAAUCUCCUGAGCUUCCCUGUGAUGCAUCAGGAGUUGUUGAUCGAGCUGCUGUUGUGGAAACGAUUAAACAAGACUUCCAAAGAUCUUACUUUGUUACAGGAAAUUUGACACUUGAUGCGUAUGAAGAAGACUGCGAAUUCGCUGAUCCAGCAGGUUCUUUUAAAGGGCUUAGACGAUUUAAGAGGAACUGUACCAACUUUGGCUCUCUUAUCAAAAAGUCUGACAUGAAACUUAUGAAAUGGGAAGACUUUGAGGACAAGGGCAUUGGACAUUGGCGUUUCAGUUGUAUCUUGUCUUUCCCUUGGAGGCCUAUCCUUUCUGACAAUCAAGUUGAAUUCAAUUCAUGAAAUAAAUUGACGGAGAGGGAAAGGGGAGGAACAGAAGGGGACUGAAGAGUGAGAUCGCAUUUGCUUUUUAACAUUGGAAGGACUUGGUUUAGGGUCUGUUCUCCUCCAACUUAUUUUCACUUCAGUUGAGUUCAGCUGUGGACAAUACUUUUACUCUCAUAUAUCACUAUUCAUUUCAUUUCAGUUCAGUUCAACUGAGUUCAGCUGUUUUAUGCCGAAAAGAACAAAGCCCUUAUUGAAAGCAGAGCGAAAAUGAGUCUUUCCAAUUCUUUCCCUUCCUUUUUCCAAUUCAAACAAGAGAAAUCUAAUCCACUUUCUAAACAAACUCUUAAGUCUAUAUAUCAUGUUAUGCUCAAUCUCUUAAUAACAAUAUAAAACUUUUGACCUUUCCAUUCAAGUUCUGAAUAGAUUCUUUGAAGCUGAAUCAUUGGAUAAUCAUAUGAUG